CUCGUUUUUCCUCCGUCUGCUGCAAAGACUUGUUUGUAUUCCAAAGUCCCACCAAUCACAGCUGCUCAGACAUUAUGAGCUGAAAUCAGGAAGCAAUGAGACAUUUCUUGCACUCGCUCUUCUACACAUUUAUUAGUGAAUAGAAAAGGCAAAGCUGUUGUGGAAUUGAGCUGAAUAAAGAAGCAGAGCGGUGGUGUUGGUGAAGUCAGGAGUUUGUGCAUGAGAUACUGAAAUAUGAAACUUCAGCCCUGGAUAAGAACUCUGUUCAUUGCGUAUGUUCUGCGAGCAAGUUGUGCAUACAGUUCAAGACCUAACUUUCUUCUAAUAAUGGUUGAUGAUCUUGGGAUUGGAGAUGUUGGUUGCUAUGGAAACAAAACAAUUCGGACACCCAAUAUUGACAGAUUAGCAGAAGAAGGUGUAAUGUUCACUCAGCAUUUAGCAGCUUCUCCACUAUGCACUCCAAGUCGAGCAGCAUUCAUGACUGGCAGAUAUCCAAUCAGAUCAGGCAUGGCCUCUGAGUCAAGAAUGGGAGUGUUUAUAUUUUCUGCAUCAUCUGGUGGGCUUUCUACUGAAGAAUUAACAUUUGCUACAUUACUGAAAAAGGUCGGUUACUCUACUGCAAUUAUAGGUAAAUGGCAUCUUGGACUGAAUUGUGAAAAAAGUGAUGAUUUUUGCCAUCACCCUCGUAGCCACGGAUUUGAUUAUUUCUACGGGAUUACAAAUACAAACCUCAGAGACUGCAUCCCGGGACAUGGAAGUGUAUUCGUUGCAGGAGCUGCAAAAUAUAUCCAGGCAACGUUUCAGAUUUCAUUUCUAGCACUGUUCACAUUAGUUCUAAUUUCUUACAGUGGGCUGCUCAACGUUCCUUGGAAGCUGAUCUUUUACAUUGUUUCCGUGACCUCUCUUUUGUUGGGUGCAGUGAUAUUCUUUUUUUGGAAUUUCCAGUACUUGAAUUGCGUUUUAAUGCGAAACGAUAAGAUUAUUCAACAGCCUUUAGUGUUUGAUAAUCUUACACAGAGAAUUACAAGAGAAGCUUUACAGUAUAUUAAAAGCAACAAAGAUACUCCAUUCCUUCUAUUUGUGUCCUAUGUUCAGGUCCACACAGCUCUUUAUGCUUCUCAGGAUUUCAUAGGAAAAAGUAAUCAUGGGAUAUAUGGUGAUGCAACUGAAGAAGUUGACUGGAGUGUAGGAGAACUUUUGAAUGAAUUAGACAGAAGCCACCUUCAAAAUAAAACAGUUGUUUACUUCACAUCAGAUAAUGGUGCACAUUUAGAAGAAAUCUCCUCCUCUGGCGAAGUACAUGGAGGCUGUAAUGGGAUCUAUAAAGGAGGAAAAUCUACUUCGUGGGAAGGAGGUAUACGAGUUCCAGGGCUUUUCCGUUGGCCUGGGAUGUUAGAAUCUGGAAUGGUAAUUAAUGAACCAACAAGCAACAUGGAUAUUUUUCCCACGGUUCUCAAACUUGCUGGUUCUCCUCUUCCACAAGAUAGAAUUAUUGAUGGACAUGAUCUGAUGCCUUUGAUGCAAGGAGAACGUGCCACAUCUGAAAGGGAAUUUCUUUUCCAUUACUGUAAUGCAUAUUUAAAUGCCGUACGGUGGAACCAGAGAAACAGUACAUCAAUUUGGAAGGCAUUCUAUUUCACUCCCAACUUUCACCCUAAGGACUCCAAUGGCUGUUUUGCAUCCCAUGUGUGUUUCUGUUUUGGAAGCUUUGUCACUGUUCAUGACCCACCACUGCUGUAUGACCUGUCUAAAGACCCUGAAGAAAAGAAUCCUCUGACACCACAAACAGAACCCCAUUUUUCUGAAAUCCUUAAAACCAUUCAGCAUGCAACAGAAACCCACAAGAAGACCCUACAAGCCGUUGAUAAUCAGUUAUCCUGGGACAAUGUUAUUUGGAAACCAUGGCUCCAAAUGUGUUGCUCAUCAUGGACUGAGUUUUGUUACUGUGACUAUGAUUAUGAUUUCAAGUUGGAAUGAGUGAGAAAUAAUUCAGCUACCCCUACACUUCAACCCUCCCACUCAAGAAUCAGGUUUUAAGCAUUGUCCAAUGUGUCUUUUCCAUCGGAACCACUUUCUAAGACUCUGCCUUAUACAUAAAGAUUUUUGUCCUUUCUAUACUUAGUAAGCCCUACAACAUACAUCAGCUUUUAUGUGCUUACCCUCAAGCGUAUUCGCUUGUAUUUUGUUACUGUCCUUCUGUCAGAGAAAUGACUCAAUUGGGCACAUCAUGAGCUAAAAAAUUCCUCUGCAUUCCAUAAAUGUAAUGCGAUGCUUGAAAGAAAAAUGUAAUUUUCCCUCUGCUGUACUAAACAGAAAAACACAACAAAGAAUGUUAAGAAAAUGACAUUGGAAUUGUAAUAUGAUUAUAAUAAAAUGCUUAAUAAAACCACUUCAACAUCUCCAGAAGGAGCUAAAAUGUAGAAUGGUAAAAUGAUGUUGUUUCAGCCAUAACUUGCCCUCUACUUUUAUCAGAUAAAGAAAAUGUAUUUGAAGCAGAAAAGAAACUUGUAUAAACAUUAUAUAAUUUUGCUUUUGUUUUAUUCUGAAGCAAUGAAAUGUAAAAAAUAUAUCAGUUUGCAAGCAAGUUUGCAAGCAAGAUAAAAUAAUUUGUGAUUUUUUUUUUUUUAUAAAAUCAAACUUUUA